AUAACAGUUACACGUGAUCAGAAUCUCUCUUGGUGUGGCCAACGCGCAUCGCCGUUGUCCCAAGCGUCGAACACAUUUCAACCCACCUGCCUCCUCUUUGAAAUCCCUUCAUCUACGCAGAAUAAGCUACCGCCAUGGAUACCGGUGAUGACAUUGCGCCGAUUGCCAUCCUCAUGGAUGAGCUCCGUUCUGAAGACGUCCAGCUCCGUUUGAACGCCAUUCACAGUAUACCAACAAUUGCACUGGCUCUCGGCUCCGAUCGUGCACGCGACGAGCUCGUGCCGUUCCUUCAAGAAUCGGUUGAUGACGAGGACGAAGUUCUUCUCGCCUUGGCGGAGGAGCUGGGCCGCAAUUUCGAGCAGUACAUUGGCGGGAAGGAAUACGCGCAUAUUUUGCUCACUCCUUUGGAGAAUCUGUCUGCUGUGGAAGAGACAUUGGUGCGGGAUAAGGCCGCCGAAUCCAUCACGAAAGUAGCCAGUGUGCUUUCUCAGGCUCAAGUGGAGGAAUUCUAUAUUCCUCUCCUGAAGCGAUUGUCCCAAGGAGAAUGGUUCACAUCGAGGACCUCUUCUGCCGCCUUGUACGCUGCUGUGUACGCCAAGGUCUCUCCCCCCAUUCAAGACGACUUGAGAACAGCCUAUAUGGCUUUGGCCUCGGAUGACACUCCCAUGGUGCGGAGGGCGGCUGCGAAAUGGCUUGGGCAACUUGUCGCCGAAUUCUCCCCUGAACACGUUCUCAUAGACGGACUUGCCAUCUACCGUAGACUCCAGAAUGACGAUCAAGAUUCCGUUCGGUUGCUCACCGUCGAGGAUUGCAUUGCAUUGGCGAAGAGGAUGUCUCCGGCUGACGUCAAAGAGCAAUUGGCCAAGUCUGUGCGCACGAAUUCGACUGAUAAAAGCUGGCGUGUUAGAUACAUGGCUGCCAAUCACUUCAACGAGAUGGCUGAUGCCGUCGGUGCCGAGCUAGUGCGAGAAGAACUCACUCCGCAAUACGUUCAACUACUCAAAGACAACGAAGCCGAGGUCAGGACUGCUGCAGCGGGACAGAUUCCGGGCUUUUCCAAGCUGAUAGAGAAAGAUGUGAUCCUGGCCCGGAUUGUUCCCUGUGUUCGAGAUCUCUCUCAGGACACUUCGCAGCAUGUUCGCGCCGCUCUGGCCACUCAAAUCAGUGGCCUGGCUCCUCUGCUUGGAAAGGAGUCCACCAUCGAGCACCUUCUUCCGCUUUUCCUCCACCUUCUCAAAGACGAUUUCCCCGAAGUGCGACUGAAUAUCAUCAGUAAAUUGGAGACCGUCAACAACGUGAUCGGGAUCGAACUGUUGUCUGAAACCUUACUGCCUGCGAUUGUCGAGCUCGCCGAAGACAAGUCAUGGCGAGUUCGCCAAGCAAUCAUUGAAUACAUACCCUUGUUGGCCACCCAGCUCGGAAAACCCUUCUUUGACGAACAGCUUGGCAAUCUUUGCAUGUCCUGGUUGGGCGACACAGUUUUCAGUAUUCGGGAAGCGGCCAAUAUGAACUUGAAGAAAUUGACCGAGGUCUUCGGCGUGGACUGGGCCAGAGUCCAGAUCGUCCCGAAGGUGAUGGGGAUGGGACAGCACCCCAACUAUCUGUUCAGGAUGACCACGGUCCAGGCAAUCACGACGAUCACGCCUUCUCUGAACCUUGAAAUCGUUCAAAGCGACAUAAUCGAUUCUCUCGUUUCCCUCGCCUCUGAUCCCAUUCCCAACAUUCGGUUCAACGUCUCCAAGUGCCUGGAGACGCUCGCAUUGACCUUUGGCCCGACCCCCGGCGGCAGUGAUUUUGUGCGCGCGAGGAUCGUGCCUGUGCUUGAGCAUCAGAAAAACGACUCGGACGCAGAUGUUCGAUAUUUCGCAGCCCGAGCGCUGCAAAAGGCGAUUGCGGCAUAGUGAGAUCAUGAGAUACAAACCCAAUGUUGUACACACAGUUUCAACUUUAAUGAAUAAUUCUCUUCUUUCAUGCCCGAUUCUGCGGUCCGCCGUCCGAGGAGCAUCAAUUUCGGAAGCUGAAAAAGAUCGGACAAGCAUGCUGCUGGCUGAUGGUGACAAGAACGAUGAAACCGUCGCACAUCUCCAUCGCUGUCGACACCUCGAUGGUAGAUGUUCUCCUGAUGAAUGUACCAGCCUUGGGUAAACGUCCGCCCGCCACACGUAAGUGACUGAUUCGUAAGUGAUGCAUGCACACCCUUAUGUUCAAAUUGUUCCCAUGCCAAAUCUGCCGUGGGCCGUAAAACAAAACGCGGACAGAAGCCCGGGGAUAUCAAUCAGGAAUGUAUAUAUAGACACGGCAUGCGUCGGUGGGAUUGUUCAUCUUUCCCUUGUUCCUUUGAAACUCUCAGUCGCUCGUUCGCCCACCCUCUUUACUAGAAAUGACUGUCCUCACCCGCCUCGGUGCUGCUUUGCUCGUUCUUGCUACUGCUUUGCCCUUGGUGGCUUCGAAUUUCUCGGGCGGCUCGAGCUGCCAAAGUAGCGAAUUCUGGUAUGAGCCCAAAGGAUGCUGUUUGCCUCACGGAGGGCCUCCGUCUCCGCCAUCUCCCCCCAAGGGCCACGACUGCCCUCCCUCGACCUGGUACUGGGCCACGAACCUGGGCUGCUGUGCCCCCAAGCACCCGACUCCCCCGAGCAGCCCUCCGCCUCAGUGCAAAAACGAAUGGUCGUGGUCCUCGGGCUCUCACAUGUGUAUGCCAAGCAGCCCAGUUUCGCCGCCUUCUUCGCAUCCUUCGGGUGGUUAUGGCGGUGGUCACUGGAAGCGUCACAACCACAAGCGUGCUGCACCUCGCUGCCCUCGCGGGCUGGACGCUUGCCCAAUCACUGGUAUGAGCGCCACCGACUAUGAGUGUCUCGACACCGCCGCCGAACUUGAAUCAUGCGGUGGAUGUGCUUCCCUCGGACAAGGACAAGAUUGUACUGCUAUCCCUGGAGCUUGGAAUGUCGGGUGUGAGCGGGGUCAAUGCGCCGUCCACUCUUGCAGCUUCGGCUACAAACUGUCCAAGGACGGACGCACCUGCGACAAGCUUUGAUCUCCACAUACCUCUUGAUUUUUCCAUCAGUCUCCCACGUUUGUUAUCUUCCACGUUUUGUUAGCUCCUAGCACCCUUCCUCACCCUUCCUGGGUAUCUCGUUCUUUCUUGUCACACUCGCUGAACUCUUGGACUGGUAUAUAUCUUCUCGGAAUAGAUUGGACUCCCAUACCUGUUAUUGUGUCUCGUAUUUGCUCCUAAUGCACUAGGUUCAUAUGCGCGAGAGAGCGGAAGAUGACCAGUCAUGGAUUACAAGUCUUCGUCGACAUCGACGGGUAAACGCAAGCAGAUCAACUUCGAGUUGAUUGCCUGUUAGCACCUGCGCUUGGACGCG